AUGCGAAAAAGGGCACUUUGUCCAUGCAAGGUCAAAGAGGAUUUUGUCCAAUUUGUAUCAUAUUUCUGUCCGCUGUUCACUCCGUCACGUGGUACACCUUGUGCAGGUCUUUCACUGUCAACUUUUCAAGUGAUUCAUUCUAGCCUUGACAUCAUACUGGUAGCAAUGAUGGUGAAGGAUAAGAAUCGUCCAAAACCACCAAUGACUCCAUAUGCAUGUUUUGUUCAAGUUAUACGUGAGGAACAUCGGAAAAAGCAUCCAACUGAGAAUGUUAUUUUUAGUGAAUUUUCUAAGAAAUGCGCUGAAAAAUGGAAGCUUAUGACUGUGGAACAACGAAAGUGUUUUGAAGAAAUGGCAAAACUUGAUACUGAACGAUUUAAUCGUGAAAUGAUGCAUUAUAUUCCACCAACAUCUGGAAUUCGACGUGGUCGUAGACGAAAACGUAUCAAAGAUCCAAGUAUGCCAAAACGUUCUUGGUCUGCAUUCUUUUUCUUCUGUGAUGCAUUUCGUUCAAAAAUUCGUAGUGAACAUCCAGAUUGGAAAGUUAGUGAUAUUGCUAAAGAAUUAGGUAGACGAUGGGAAGAAUGUACUGAUAAAGAGAGAUAUGAAAGACGUGCUCAAAAUGAUAAAUUACGUUAUGAACAAGAUAUGCAAAAAUAUAAGGCAGGCUUAUAUGUCGCAACAAAACGUGCUCGUGUCGAGGAUUAUCAAAGUGAGCCAGAAACAAUUUCAGGCAUCCAUGAUCAGUCUAAUCAUACGGAGAGGUUGGGUGAAACAAGUCAAAUCUCAGGAGAUGAACAAGUCAGUAGUGCGACAGUGGGUGGAGAAGAAGACGAAGAUGACGAGGAAGAAGAGGGUGAGGAGGGUGAUGAUGAAGAACCAGAAGAAGAAGAAGACGACGAUGACGAUGACGACAACGAUGAAGAGGAUAAUGAUGAAGAUGAGAAUGAACAGUCAAGAUCGAAUGCCCACAAACUACGCAUUGGUCAUAAGGCAUCAGAUCAGAUCGUCUCCAAUGAUACAAAUAAUAAUACUAUCAUGAAUACACGAAAUUAA